AUGAGGCCUUCGGGCCCGAUACUCCAAUCUAACCUGAACCGCUCGGCCAGGGCGCAGGACCUGUUUGGUCAAGCCCUGGCUGAGCGGGAAGUAGGUUUGGGAGUGGUGGCGGAGCCCUAUAGGGUCCCGGUCCAUCCAAGUUGGAUUGGUGACUCUUUGGGCUCCGUCGCUAUAGUUUGGACGGGCCGCCCGGCGUCUCCGCCUUGCUCCCUCAUUGAGAGCGGGCGGGGCUUUGUGGCGGCGGAUUGGGGAGGCACCGUGGUGGUGGGUGUUUACGCCCCUCCGAGCUGGCCCCUCGCAUCCUUUGAGGUUCUCCUGGACGAGGUCAGGCGUUGCGUUCUCCGCUGCCUGCCUUGUCCAGUCAUCGUCCUGGGGGACUUCAACUCCAAGGCUACGGCCUGGGGUUCCCCCAGGACGGAUCCGAGGGGCGAGACCUUGCUCGAUUGGGCGGCGGGACUGGAGCUCCGUUUGUUAAAUACGGGCUCCGUCCAUACGUGCGUGCGGCAGCAUGGAGGGUCGAUUGUCGACCUCUCCUUUGCGACACCUGCUGCUGCGCGCCGUAUUUCGGGGUGGAGGGUGGUGGCGGAGGUGGAGACCUUAUCCGACCAUCGGUAUAUUACGAUGGUCCUCUCCGCCACUCCUCCGGACGCGACGCCCCGAGGCCGCCCGCAGGAGGGGAUUACGCCGCCACCGCGGUGGUCUCUCAAGAAAUUGAACAAGGACGCCCUGAUGGCAGCUGCCCACGUCGUGGCCUGGCACUCUGCUUAUUAG